UAACACAACCGUGUUGAUUAUAAAGCAUGGCGACCUUCACAAAUAUUUUAAAAUUCUCUUCUAAUAUCUUUAAGAAUGCUACUUUACCUUAUCAAUAUUGCGGUCGACGAUUUCUCAGAAGGUAAUAAUUGUUUAAUUAAUGUUAGCUUUUAGUAUAAAAAUCUAUGAUGUUUCGACAUAGGCCGAGGGAUAGAAAACCACCCGCUGUCACAGCAUGGGCAAAACCACUCAUAGAAUUUAAAAAAGAAAGAGAGUUAUCUAAAGAAAAUCAAGAAGAACCUGCAAAAUUGCAUGUUGUCUAUCGAGUUAAGCCGCUAAGACAUAGGCCAUGGUGGGAAAAAAGAAUAAUUGAAAAGUUUAAUUUAAAGGAGAAAUGCAAUAAACCUGUUGUCGUUAUGAAUACGCCCGAAAAUAAUAAACUAUUAAAAGAAGUUAAGCAUCUAUUAGUUAUUCAGCCUUUAAAACUUCCACAAGGUUUACCAGAGGACGAUAACUUACUUUCUCAAAUGACCUUAAAGUCAAAUGGGGAAUUAAUAUAUAUGCCUCGGCCUGAGGCAGGUAAUUCACUAUCAGAAGAUUCUCAGAAAAAGAGAAUAACAGGACACUUCUUGAAGACCUAUCACCGCCGACUAAUGGACAUGAAACUAGUGCAUAAAGACUAUUUUCCAGCCGUAUACGAUUUUCCCAUGAAAGUUGAUAAAGUAUCGGAAUUGGAGAGGAAGCGACAGAAGGAAAUUCUUAGUUGGUGGCAGUGAAAUUAUCUUGAUAGAGGCGUACCGAAGUGAAGGGCGUGGCUCAAGUGGUUGUUAAAACCUCUUUCUUUUUCUGUACAUUUGCUGAUUGAAGAUGACGAAAUACAGAAUUUUUGAGUGCAACAUAGAUGUAACAG